AGGAUGGAGUACAAGCCGAAGAGCGUUCUGUUCACGGGAGGAUGCGGCUUCAUUGGCAGCCACGUGUUGAAGGCACUGGUCAAGAAGUACCCAGAAGUACGCUUCGUCAACCUCGAUGUGCUCGAUAGAUGUGCUUCUGUGAACAACAUCUCCGAAGUCUCCUCUGCUCCUAACUACGCGUUCUGCCGCGGAGAUGUCUGCAACUUCGACCUCGUCUCACAUCUCAUGGAGUUCCACAAGAUCGACACCGUCAUGCAUUUUGCCGCCCAGAGCCAUGUCGACGCAUCCUUCGGUAACCCCCUGGCUCACACUCAGACGAACGUUCUUGGCACGCACACCCUCUUAGAGUGCGCUCGUCGAUUCGAGAUCAAGAGGUUCAUCCACGUCUCAACGGACGAGGUCUACGGAGACGUUCUGGGAGACGGAGUGGAGGAGAACGCCAUGUUGGAACCCACGAACCCUUACUCGUGCUCCAAGGCUGCUGCUGAGUUCAUCACCAAGGCAUACAUGAAGUCCUACAAGCUCCCCGUCAUCAUCACGAGAGGAAACAACGUGUACGGCCCCGCCCAGUACCCGGAGAAAGUCAUCCCCAAGUUCAUCCUGCGUCUGCUCCGAGGCAAGAAGUGCUGCAUCCACGGCAAGGGCGAGGCUCGCAGGAGCUACAUCCACGUCGACGACGUUGUUCGCGCCUUCGACGUCAUCCUCCACCGUGGAGAACCCUUCCAUGCCUACAACAUCGGAUCCCCUUUUGAGAUCUCCAUGAUCGAGCUCGCUCACCAGCUCAUCCGCGAGUUGGGUCUCCGCCCAGCUGGAUCUGAGGGAGAGCUGGUUGAGCACGUGCACGAUCGUAACAUCAACGAUCUUCGCUAUGCCAUCAACGACACCAAGCUGCAGAAUCUCGGGUGGAGGCCGGAGGUGGAAUGGAGCCAGGGGCUGACCAAGACCAUCGAGUGGUACAAGGGGCUCAAGGACAGCUACUGGCCGGACUACGAAGAAGCGCUGGCGCCUCAUCCUGUGCGAGAUCCGUCGAGGGAGUCGGUCAUGUGAAGAUGAAGGACGAGGAUUCUUGUCGUCGAGAUUUUAACAUGCGUCUAGUUACAAUGAUAAGACAAGAAUGAAGAGAACUGCAAAGACAAUGAAUGUCAUACGUGG